UCUGGACCUUAAAAUGGCUUGCUCUGGUGCCAACUCCUGCACCAUCCUUCUCUGCUUCUUCGCUUUUUAUGUUCUUACGAGCGUUGGGACCGGCGCGACGCACCUGCACUUCUACAUGCACGACACGCUCAGCGGGCGUUCCCCGUCCGCCUUCCGCCUGGUCAAGGGCAAAGGGGCCAUACCCGGCUUCUGGGCUUACUUCGGUGACGUCGUCGUGGCCGACGACCCCCUGACGGAGGGCCCUGACCCGAAGUCGAGGGGCGUCGGACGAAUCCAAGGGUUCUACAUCACGGUGUCCCACAACAGGCCCGUGCUUCUCGUGUCGCUCGAGGCAGUCCUCUCCGAGGACGGGCCGUACAACGGCAGCACGAUAUCGAUAUCCGGGCGGAACGACAUAACGGAGCGAGUGCGGGAGCUGUCGGUGGUCGGCGGGAGCGGCGCGUUCCGCAUGGCGCGUGGGUACGUGCUGUGGCGGACGCACUUCGUCAACUUGACGUCCAGGAACGCGAUUCUGGAGCUCGACGUCUACGCGACGACGGCGACGACCGAUCAAAAGUACUAAAUUGUUUGACUUUUGAUCCAAUGGCGAGCCUUCUCUUCAUGAGUGAAUGAAUGGGUCAAAGGUUUGGACCUCGUUUGACUUAUUGUGUGUUGACUUGUGUGUAAUGCCCUUAUAAUGCUUAAUAAAAUUAAGUGGUGCAAUAAAAUGGGUUCUGUAUAAUUAAUAAAAUACAUUAUUCGCGGGCUUUUCCUAUUA